AUGUCGGGUUUGUUUGGCGACCUCCUGCUCAUCCGCCUCUGCCUCACCAUGGCCUACAUCUGGCUCAUGACUGCCGCCAGCGUGGGCUACCCGGCCUGGCCGGGAGUGUCAAACCCGGGCUUCUACUCGCUGGAUGGCAUCAUCUGGGCCACACUCAACUUGUUCUUUCACGGCUGCGCACUGUUCCAGCUGUUCUGGGACGAGCGGCGCAUCACCUUCAAGGACGCCGACCUGCACCAGCUGUGGCAGUUCUUGUAUCGCCGCUCGGGCAUGGGCAAGCUGGAGGUGUUGGAGUCCACUAAGCGGGCCCGCUUUGUGCGGUUCAAGGCAGGGGAGGAGAUCCUGAGCGCCGCCGCGACCAAGUGCACCCUCAUGCUGCUAGUGGAGGGGCUUGCCACAUACCGAAUGGAGGAUGACAAGGGCAACACACUAAAGGACGACACACAGCUGAUCAGCGGCCAAACAUUUGACAUCGGGCUGCUCAACGUGCUGGGGACGGCCGACGUGGUUGCCGCCGUCAAGUUUGCCACCUCUCACGGCCUGCAGCUGGCCGCGAGGAGCGGCGGCCACGGCGCGGGCAGUGCAAGCUUCCUGAUGUCGGGUUUGUUUGGCGACCUCCUGCUCAUCCGCCUCUGCCUCACCAUGGCCUACAUCUGGCUCAUGACUGCCGCCAGCGUGGGCUACCCGGCCUGGCCGGGAGUGUCAAACCCGGGCUUCUACUCGCUGGAUGGCAUCAUCUGGGCCACACUCAACUUGUUCUUUCACGGCUGCGCACUGUUCCAGCUGUUCUGGGACGAGCGGCGCAUCACCUUCAAGGACGCCGACCUGCACCAGCUGUGGCAGUUCUUGUAUCGCCGCUCGGGCAUGGGCAAGCUGGAGGUGUUGGAGUCCACUAAGCGGGCCCGCUUUGUGCGGUUCAAGGCAGGGGAGGAGAUCCUGAGCGCCGCCGCGACCAAGUGCACCCUCAUGCUGCUAGUGGAGGGGCUUGCCACAUACCGAAUGGAGGAUGACAAGGGCAACACACUAAAGGACGACACACAGCUGAUCAGCGGCCAAACAUUUGACAUCGGGCUGCUCAACGUGCUGGGCGUCUACAUCGCCUUUGAGCACGGCGAGGGCGAGAGGCGGUUGGUGCGGGCGGUGUCCGACUGCACAGUGGUGCUGUGGGACCUGGACUACCUCAACUACCUGGCCACCCGCUGCUCCCCCGCAGUCUCCGCCUUCUGGCGCAACUUUGCGCUGUGCCAGACGGGGCUGGAGUGGUUCCACCGCGCCCACUUGGGGCAGCCGCCCGUCAACGGCCGUGGCCACCCAGAGCCAGCUGGCAUCACACAGGGCCUGGCUCGCUCAUCAGACUUCACAGACCCUCUGGAGCCUUAUGAAGACCCCUCCCCCACCCUGAAGGGCGUGCUGACCUGGCUGCCCUCCACCCUGGCACCCUUCCUGCCGUCAGGCAUGCGGCACACGGCCAUGCCGCGGGCGGGGGCGCUGGCGAGGAACCGGCUGAUGGCGCUGGGUGGGUCGGGGCGGGGCAACCUUGACGCGGUGCUGUCCCAAGAGCCCCUGGAGCUGCGGUAUACUAGCCAGAAGAUUGUGAAUGCCAUCUCGGCUGAGCUCUCGAGCUCAGCCCCUGGUUCUCGUGCUGGUUCAAAGGCCAUGUGCAACAUUAUGGACGGAGUGGAGGCGCUGCGUGCGUCUGUGCGCGGCAACGUGCUGCUGCCGGCGGAUGAGGGCUUUGCUGAAGCCAUAAAAGUGUGGGGGGUCUCCCCCAGCCACACUCUGAACGGCCAAACCGCCCCCACACCGGCGCUGGUGAUCCAGCCGCGGGGGACGGCCGACGUGGUUGCUGCCGUCAAGUUUGCCACCUCUCACGGCCUGCAGCUGGCCGCGAGGAGCGGCGGCCACGGCGCGGGCAACCCCAGCUGGGUGGAUGGAGGCCUCAUGGUCGAUAUGUCGCUGAUGGGAAGGUGGGUGAUCGUGUAUGUCGACCCUGCGGAAAAGACGGCGGUGGUUGAUGGCGGCGCGCUGGCUUGCUACAUCGACGCCGACACGGCGCUGCAUGGGCUGGCGGUCCCGCUUGGCGUGUGCGCCGUGGUGGGGGUGGGCGGCCUGGCGCUGCACGGCGGGCUCAGCGUGCUGUCCCGCGCCCACGGGGCCACCUGCGACAGCCUGCUGGAGGCGCAGCUGGUGCUGGCGGAUGGCUCUGUGGUGCAUGCCACCAAGGAUGGGCCCGACCCAGAGCUGCUUUGGGCCCUCAAGGGAGCGGGCUCCCUGUUUGGCAUCGUCACCAAGGUCAAGCUCCAGCUGUACGAGGCCCCCACCUACUCUGGUGCCAUGGUGUGGAAGGAUGACCCGGAGCAUGUCAACUACAAGGCCAUCCUGCGGUGGAUCCGCAGCACCGUCCUGCCCAACCCCUGCCUGGGCUUCAACUGCGGGCGCAUGCUGGAUCCGGAGCUUGGGCCCGUGCUGGUGUCCAUGGUGGUGGUGACCGGGGAGCAGCCGGACACGGUGGGCCAGUCCACCUGGCUGCAGACGCAGAUGACUCACUACGAGGGCGUCACAGGCCUGACCGAGGCCUACCCCGGCCACUUUGAGGCGGCCACAGGCGGCCACGUCAAGGCGGAGCAUUUCACCGAUGAAUUCAUCGACACGUAUGUGCGCUGCGCCACCGAGGAGCUGCCGCUGCCCGACCUGGGCCUCACCCUGUCCUUCAUCGAGCUGAUGGGCGGCGCGCUCAAGGACAGCACCUCGCCCAUCGGGCUCAAGGAGGGAGACUUGCAGUGGGUGGUGCAGGCUGGCUGGUCUGACGCGGCGGCCAACCCGGUGGGCCUGCGCUACACGGGCAUGCUGCGGGAGGUGCUGGGCCCGCUGUCCACCUCCAUGAGCCAGUACGUCAACCUGCUGGACGUGGCUGAAGACCUGGACAUGAGCUACGAGAGCGCGGCCGCCAAGGCGGGCGGCGCCGCCAACCUGGAGAAGAUCCGGGCCCUCAAGGCCAAGUACGACCCCACCGGCGUCUUUCUCAACUCGCCCUACACAAAGGUGCUCGCCGUCAAACCUUGA